AUGUCCGAAGCGAAAGUAACUCAGUUUCCCCUGGAUGACCUGCCUGCCUGGUGCGCCCGUCAUGGUGUCAAACUCCAUCCCCUGAUCAAAGCAGUCAACGUCGACGGACACGGGAAUGGAUGGAUCGCCCUUGAGAGUAAUGGCCCUUUCAGCUCUCAGGACGAGGUAUUGCUGCUCAGCAUUCCACGAGAGGUCAUUUUCUCGACUGCGUACGUCAAGGAAUAUGCGAAUGCAAAUGAAUCCUUCCGCCAACUGUUUGAAGCUUUACCGGAAUUCAGUCCCCGCCUCCUUAUUAUCCUCUUCAUGUUGGUGCAGCUAGCGCUUCUCCAGUCAUCGUCGCAGCCAGACAGAGAUGUGGUCGAGCCCUGGAGGGAAUACACCCUUCUCCAGUCAGCCGACGUCCUCGUCUCCACGAUGUGGUCACCCGCCGAGCUAUCCCCACUCAAGGACACGUCCCUCGAGUCAACAGUGGCGGCAAAGCUCGCCCUCCUGCAAAGAGAAUUCUCCCUUAUCACGUUAAGAACACGAUCUCUGCGCUUCUGGCAUGAGACCCUCUUCCAUAACAACGGGGAACCAGUCUCCCUUCAGCACUGGAUCUGGCUCGACGCCCUCUUUCGCUCACGCUCCUUCGACCUGCCCCGCUCGGGCGAGUCAAUGGUCCCCUGUCUGGAUCUGGCCAACCAUAGCAACGAGAACACGGCAUACUUCCGGCAGGAAACACAGACUGAAUCCGUUACUCUGAUGAUCCGGAGAGAGAUAAUCUCGGCUUUGUGUCCCGGGGAUGAAAUCACGAUCAGCUAUGGCAGGGACAAGCCGGCAGCCGAGAUGCUGUUCAAUUACGGCUUUAUUCCUCAAGACCCUAAUGGCUCUACUACCUCGGUGGAACAGAGUGAGAGUCUGAUGAUCUCGUUGGACGACACGCCUUCAUGGACGCAUUGGGCACGAGACGAUCCUUUCCUGGCGGCUAAGCUAGAGCUGUUCAAUGAUGCCCCUAUGCUACGUCUGUCGGUCGACCGAGAGGGAGUCGCAAGUUGGUCGUGCUCGUUUGUGUAUAUCUUGUGCGUCGGGGAGGAAGAUGGGUUUGAGUUCAAGAAGGCCCAGGGAGAGGAUGGCCGAAGCGGAUGGACCUUGUUAUGGCACGGGAAAGAGAUCUCGCGCAUGGCGGGCAUGUUGGGGCUGUGGCUGAAUGCGCAGGGUGAGCUCUCGGGUGUUGUUCAGGGCCGGCUCGUGUCUGUCUUGUCAGGCGUGGUUGCCGAUCAGCUUAAGAAAAUGCGGCCGUUAGAGGUGGACGCUGGGGUGGUGAAGGAUGGGAAUCAUGGGAUAAGGCCAUCUGUUUUGCGGUCCGUGAUACAACUCAGGAAGGUGGAGACGCGGAUUCUGGAAAGGUGUUUGCAGGCGUUGGAGGAGGAGAGGAAUAGGUUGCGGGCUUGAACGUACCGAGAAGGGGUCUGGAGGAGUAG